GGGCCGCUCCUCACGCCUCUUCGUCCCCACUCGUCCGCCUCACCCGACGCCCACACGGCACCACGCUCUCUUUUCUGCUUCUGCUCCACUUUCUCACCUCGGCCUUUGCCUUCUACCUGCGGUUCUCGCUCCUCCUCUCACACACGGCCAUGUCGUCGAUCAGCAACAGCCUCAAGCGCCCGCAGCGCGCCGCCGCGCUGCGCUCGCACCUGCCGCAGGACCUCGUGGCGUGCGUGGGCGAGUUUGUCGGCACGACGGCCUUUCUCUUCCUCGCCCUCGGCGGCGCCAAGACGGCGCUGGUGCACGCCAGCGACGACACCAACUCGACGGUCAUGUUCGUGGCGUGCUCCUUCGGCCUCAGCAUCCUCGUCACCAUCUGGUCGUUCUACCGCAUCACCGGCGGCCUCUUCUCGCCCGCCGUCACGCUCUCGCUGCUGCUCUGCGGCUGCGUGUCGCCGCUGCGUGCGGCGAUGCUGACGGUGGCGCAGAUUGCCGGCGGCAUUGCCGGUGCGGCGCUCGUCGAGGGCCUGCUGAGCAGCCCGACGCACGUCUCCGUCGCCACGACGCUCGGCGACGGCGUGUCCAUCGUGCAGGGCCUCUUCAUCGAGGCGCUGUGCACCGCCGUGCUCGUCUUUGUCGUCCUCAUGCUCGCCGCCGAGAAGCACUCGUCGACAAUGCUCGCGCCCGUCGGCGUCGGCCUGACCGUCUUUGCGUGCCACCUGCUCGCUGUGCCGUACACUGGCUCCGGCCUCAACCCCGCGCGCUCCUUCGGCCCAUCCGUCGUCGCGGGCCACUUUGAGGGCUACCACUGGAUCUACUGGGCAGGCCCACUGCUGGGCUCCGUCGGCGCCUCGGCGUUCUACCUGCUGCUCAAGACGCUCGACUACACGCGCGUCGUGCCCGGCCAGGACGCGACGCACGCGGACCCGGCCUCGGCGCCGCGCCCGCUGCACCAGGGCAUCUUCCGGCGCCGCGCCGGCGGCGGGCAGGUCAUCGUGUACGCCGUCGACACCGAGGAGCGCCUUGCGAGCAUGUCGGCGCUGGACCGCGCCGUGGCACGCGCGACGCCGCAGGUGCAGCUCUUCGACCCGCUCGACCAGGCGCAGGCGGGCGCCGUGCAGGCGGGCGAGGCCGUCAUCAUCGACCUCGGCGAGCCGGGCGAGGCGCACCACGACGACGGCGCGUGCGGCGGGCCGUCGAUGGCGGCGCAGCGGCAGGACGUCGGCGGCAUCUGCGCACCGGGCACGGCGCCCGGCGGCCUGCCGCUGCCGGCGUCGACCAAGGCCGGCCUGAGCGGCUAGGCUCACCUGGCCGAGCCGCUGCAUCUGCACACUCUCCCACCGCCAGUCGCCCUGUCCCAGACUGACACAUACCCGGCGCUGCGAGUGCCCACCCUCGCCGCCGUUCCUCGCUUCUCCGUCUAAUCACAGCUCGUCUCUCUCGUGCUCCGUGUGCGUGGCCUGCGUGUGCAUUGUGCGGUG